AUGUUUGUUGUCCGAGACGAACAUUAUCAGACGGCGAUUCAGAAGCUCAAAGACUCUGGAUUUAGUCAAGCCCCUCCUGAUCGCCGGGCCGCCCCUGAAAUUAUGGAGUCCCUCCCAGAUCCGCAGGCCGUCCUUAAUGAGAUUAACAAGGGCUACGAACGCCUGGACCGUUAUUACACGUCAUUCCAGUUCCCGCCUCACCUUCAGUUUAGCGGGGAUCAAAUCUUCUUAAUUCCUAACUCCUUCGCGCAUUUACCACUAGACAAUGUCGAUAUGACUUCAAACCAGUCAAACCAGAAGGCUCAAUCAACAAAUCAGUCAACCCAGAAGGCUCAAUCAAAGCAAUAUGAAGUAUAUGACAACUUAUUCUAUCCGCUUGAAGCAGUAUUGGUUAAGAGCUUUGUCAAAGGAGUCAUUUCUGAUAUCGAGGAGCUUGGAUUUUCAUCGUGGCAGUUGCUACUAAACGCCUGGGUAUCAAUGAUGCGGGGCUAUCUCGAAGUCAACAAUGAUAUCCUUGAUGACUGUACGGAUGAGCGGGCAGUAGAAUGGUGA